AUGGCAGCUGUCCCAGGUGGCAGGCGGCCCGCCAACAUUCCUACCCACCUCGCCCUCUAUCGUCGAGACGCUUAUAAACAUACCUGUCUUAACAUGAUCAUCACUGGCAUUCAUAAAUGGGGAUUCGUCAUCUACCGCUGCACAUAUGAUGAUGGCGGACUCUGGAACCGAUAUCUUAUGCAGCUAAAGAGCUCCUGUCCCGCGAAUCUUGUUAAGAACCGACGCGCCGAGCUACUAGAGGAAUACCUCGAUUAA